AGCAGCACAGUGUCGUUAUAAUGACGUCAAUUAUUGGACAUUAUUAGUCGGCGACGUCGUAGACCAAUAAGCGACGUCCAUAUGACGUGACAUUUCAGAUGUCAUUUUGACGUCGUCUAGAGACGUCUUUCGUACGUUUGUUUUCGGUCGUUUUAAGUGCUUUUUAAUCAACUAUAAAAAAAAUUAGAACGAAAGUUUAUUACAAAAACUAAGCCCUAUACGUGCUUUAUAAAAAAUUGUACAUUUUAAAUUGUUGUUUACCUAAAAUUUGGAUAUAAAUAUAAAUUCAUUAAUUAGCAAUGAAAAUACUAAACUGACGUUUUAAGUGGAAAUGCAAUUUGAAUUUAAAGAUGAAGUGAGAAUGUUGUAAUUAACAAUUAUUUAACUAUUUUAUUAGUAGGAAACAAUUAUUUUUAGCAUCGAUUCCUGUCGAGGCUGUCGACCAAGAUUUAAUUUUGGCGCGAUUUUAAUCGAAAUGCCACGAUACGAUACGAGACGUGCAGGCGCAUGCGUGCUGGACUGCUGGUGUGAACGCGUGUGCGCGUAAUGGCGGACGGCAGCAAAAAGUUGUUUGGCGGUUUGGUGGGUGUUCUGUACCACUUAAUAUGUAUUUUACAAUUUAAAUUAUGUGAUUCCAGUCGGCAUAUCUAUCGACUUUUGGAGGGAGAGAUUUUACUGGACAUACAAACCGCAUUUUAAAUUUUUUGUUCAUUUAUUCUCUUGCAACUAAUUGGAAUUUUUGUGGCAAACGAGGUGAGAAAAAGGCUUUUAAAAACUUAAACGUAAAGGAUGUGAUUAUUGGUGCUGUAAGAAAAAGCUCCCCUCUAGUCAGUCAGAAAGAAAUAGAAGAUACCAUCAAGGUGUGGUUGAAACAUGCACCAGAGAAAUUGAAAAAGCAGCAGCAUGGCAACCCGUAAGAAAAAAAGUGUUGUUAGUCAAAGACAACUCUACAGAAGGAUGGCAGAAGCAAAUUUAGCACCUGUGAGUCAGAAUUGUUAUAAUACAUCUUUAAUAGUUAAUAAUGAUUCCAAUGAAUCAUCAAAUUCCGUUUUUUUUGCUGGUUCAAUGUGUGAAAGUGAAAAUGACACCUGUUCCUCAAGAGAUUUAGAUUUUAAUGUAAACUCGCCUAAUGAAAAUUUGCUCUUCAAUGAUGCGACGUUAUACAACCAUUUGACUUCCUAUUCCAGUAACGUGCCCCCUAACGAUUUAUUUUCUAAUGAACCGCCGCCUAGCGAUUUGCAUUCGAAAUUGUCAAACUGGGCAGCUUCAAGGUACGUUCGACGUACAGUAGUUACUCAUCUCUUGCAUUAUCUCCACCAUUUAAAAUCGUUAGUUCAGUCUCCGAAUAAACCGUUACAACAGAUUAAUAGACGCUUAAAAGAAAUUGAAAUGACAGUGUACGAAAAACAUGACUCUACUUCACCUGAUGAUGAACACUUCUGUAAAUGUGAAUUGUCCCAUUUCUUAGGACCAACGCCAAAUUUCUCUUGCAAGCAGUAUAAAAAGCUUCAUUAUAAAGAUUUUAUUUUUUCUAUUGCAUCAUAUUCAGAAGCAAAUUGUUUUUGUCUUACCUUAGAAGGACUGGUUUUCAAAAUAGAAAAUGUAGUGGAUAAUAAUGGAGCAGUUUUUAUAUUAGGUAGGAGGUUUCAGGAUUACCGUUCAUUUUACAAAUACCCUGUCGACUCAAAAGAAUUUAUACAAAAUUUAUCAGAGUAUAUCGAGUUAUUGCACUGCCACAAAGUUUUUUCGAAAUGUAUUGUUUUUCCUUUCAAGCAGGAAUGGUUGUCAUUUUCAUUAUUGCAUCAUUAGUAAUUCCUUAUUUCAACUUUUAUGUUCUAUAAGUGUAAUAGUAUGUAGUUUUUUAAGAUUUUGUAAUAAACGUAUUAAUUUGAA